AUGACUCAACAGCAUGAAUCAAAUGAUGAGAAUGAUGAUGAUAAGAAGAUGAAUACGAAUUCGAUACCAUCAUCAUCAACAACACAAAGUGAAACAGACAAAGAAAAGGAUUCCGAAAUCAAGAACGUCUCUGUUGGAUCUAAUUCGUAUCUAUUGUCGAAAAGUACUGCAGUAUCGGAGUCUACUGGAACUGAAACUCUUACCGACUGCGCACCAAGCCGAGAAUCUGCAUCCGCAUCCUCUCUCAACAAAUCCAUGGAUCAUCCACAAUCACAAUCACAAUCACAAUUGCAAUCACAAUUAGCAACAAGCCCGACACAACAAGGUCAACAGCGACUGUAUCUGUCCAAGCCAGACACGGAACGACAAACUGAUAACAGCCGACCAAUGCCGAAUACCGGUACUACUGCACCCAACGAAUCAUCAUCGGUCGUGGAUGAUGAUAUUGAUACCAAUGAUGUGAAUCACGAUCCAAAUCAGAAUCAGAACGAUGAGACUGAUUUGGAAGCACCGACCCCACCAGAAGUCUAUGUUCAAGCGGAAGUGGCGCGGGAUAUGGAUUCAGUCGUGAACCAAGCGGUAUCAGAAGCAUUGCGGGAGAGAGAUCGCAAUGUUGUCAGUGCGGUGCAUGUGCAAACAGCUCCAGAGGAAGACCAAGACCGCAAGGUUCCGAAUAAUCAGCAGCUGCUGGCCGAAGCAGAAAUCAAACACUUGCGAAGACAGCGAUUCAUCUAUGUGGGAUUUGGUGCUUUCAUUGUUAUUUUGAUUUUGGCUAUCGUUCUUUUGACUGGUGUAUUGGACUUGAACCCUGACCCUGACCCUGACAAUGUGCGAGUUCUGAACAAUCAAACGAACACCACCGCCAAUGACACGACUGCGACGGCGUCUCCAUCCUCGAUUGCAAUUCUGUCACUUAGCUCAGAUUUGCCACUGCAGCUUUGUCAAGGAAAUUGCAAUCGUGACCAAGACUGUGAUGAGGGCCUGAUGUGCAUGGAACGAAUCGAAGGGAACUUACAAGAUGUUCCUGGGUGUUCUGGAAAAGUCGAAGACUUCCAAUCUAUCAACUUUUGUAUUGUCAAAACACUAACAAGGCUCAGAGAAACCAACCGAUUCCCUCUUGGAUUGUGCGAGGGAGACUGUGACUCUGAUGUGGACUGCAACACAGGAAUGAUUUGUUUCCAAAGAAAUAGCUUUGAGCCUGUUCCGCAAUGCUUUGGAGGAGAAAAUGAUGAAAGCCGAACGGAUUAUUGCGUUCCGCCAGAACCCACUGCAAAUCCGUCUACUUCGCCGACGGGACCAACACUUUGGCCUACUCUUCCACCAAGUGUUGCACCAACUCCAAAUCCAAGUGUUGCGCCAACUCCAGGUCCAAGUGUUGCACCAACUCCAAAUCCAAGCGUUGCGCCAACUCCUAAUCCAAGCGUUGUACAAACUCCAAGUCCAAGUGUUGCAACAACUCCAAGUCCAAGUGUUGCAACAACUUCGAAUCCAACAACAGACCCAUUUCGAAUCAGAGCCAUCGACGCAAGUCUUGGCGAAGAUUUGCUUCCAUAUCACCUGGAAGCUCACAAGUGGCUAUUGCAGACUGAUACUUGGCUUCCGUCUGAAGAGGCUGCCGAUCCUUCAGGUCUUUGGAGAGAACGAUAUGCCUUUGUGACCCUUUACUUUGCUACGAAUGGCCCAUUCUGGCCAACCCAGGCCCAAGGGAGAUGGCUAUCAAACGAAUCGGUCUGCCAAUGGAACAAUGGUAUUCGAUGUAACAUGGAUGGCAAGGUUGAUUACUUGGAUAUUGUUGAUUGGAGUCACAUAGUUGGCUCAAUACCGUCAGAACUAAAGGCUUUGACAAUGCUCAGCCAUUUAGCUUUCAGCAGCCAUGAACUCGGAGGAAGUUUCCCUACAGACAUUAUGAGCCUAACGUUGCUGACACGACUCGACCUAAGAUCCAAUGAGCUAUCUGGAGUCAUACCAACUGAAAUUGGACUGCUCAGCAAGCUGCAGGGGUUGUACUUGAGGCAAAAUAAUUUAGUCGGUAGGCUACCAUCCGAGAUUGGAAGGUUGACUGAUCUCCAAAACACUUUCCUGGAUGAAAAUCUAAUAUCAGGCUCCAUCCCAACUCACAUCGGCCAACUAACUGCUCUCCAAGGCCUCUGGGCUUACAACAACCGUUUGAAUGGCCCCUUGCCAUCGGAACUUGGCCUUCUGACAAAUAUGGAGUACUUGCAUCUAUACGACAAUGAUCUAACAGGUCCAAUCAUCUCUGAGAUUGGUCAACUGAGAAACAUGGAGUGGUUAUCCUUGUAUGACAAUGCAUUUGAAAGAAAUAUACCCACUGAAAUUGGGAGACUAACCAACAUGUGGUUUCUGGAUUUGUCAAGUAAUCGUCUAACCGGUUUGGUGCCUUUUGAAUUUGGGAACCUAUUUCUGGAAGCUCUCAAUCUAGCAAGAAACCAACUCACGGGAACAUUUCCAGUCAUGACAUUUGACUCCCGUGAUAGUGAGCCGAGAUGUUUCAUUGAAUCAAAUCGCUUCAAUGAUACAAGUAAUGUGCAAAAUGUCUGCCAGGUCUGA